AUGGCUCUCGUGCAGACCGACCCCGACGCGUACGUCAUCAAGCCAGCGGCUUCCGCGCCAGCCAUCGAUACCAGCGACUGGCCGCUGCUGCUGAAGAACUAUAGCGAUUUGCUGGUUCGCACAUCACACUACACCCCCAUUCCUAAUGGAUGUGCGCCCCUGUCGCGAGACCUUAAGCAGUACAUCAGCUCUGGUGUGAUCAACCUCGACAAGCCCUCGAACCCGUCCAGCCACGAAGUCGUGUCAUGGAUCAAGCGAAUGCUAAGAGUUGAGAAGACUGGCCACAGCGGUACCCUUGAUCCCAAGGUCACCGGCUGCCUCAUUGUCUGCAUCGAUCGCGCCACUCGUCUCGUCAAGUCCCAGCAGGGUGCUGGAAAGGAGUAUGUGUGCGUCAUUCGCCUGCACGACAAGCUUCCUGGAGGAGAGGCUCAAUUUGCCCGCGCCCUUGAGACGCUCACCGGUGCUCUCUUCCAGCGACCUCCGCUUAUUUCUGCCGUCAAGCGUCAACUGCGUAUCCGAACGAUCCACGAGAGCACGCUGUACGAGUUUGACAACGAGAGGCAGCUGGGUGUCUUCUGGGUGAGCUGCGAGGCCGGAACCUAUAUCCGUACGCUUUGCGUGCAUUUGGGUCUGUUGCUCGGUGUUGGUGCCCACAUGCAGGAGCUUCGACGAGUUAGGAGUGGAGCUAUGGACGAGACGAAGGAUCUAGUCACCCUGCACGAUGUACUCGACGCACAAUGGCUCCACGACAACAACCGCGAUGAGUCGUACCUGCGCAAGGUCAUCGCACCCUUGGAGAGUCUGUUGCUAAGCUAUAAGCGCAUCGUUGUCAAGGAUAGCUCAGUAAACGCUAUCUGCUACGGUGCCAAGCUCAUGCUUCCGGGUCUGCUGCGAUUUGAGAAGGGCAUAGAGAUUCACGAGGAGGUCGUUCUCAUGACCACCAAGGGCGAGGCGAUUGCGCUUGCAUAUGCGCAAAUGUCAGCGGUUGAAAUGUCAUCGUGCGAUCACGGCGUUGUUGCGAAGAUCAAGCGUGUCAUCAUGGAGCGCGACCUUUACCCUAGGAGGUGGGGCAUGGGCCCAGUCGCAACUGAGAAGAAGAAGAUGAAGGAGGCUGGCACACUCGAUAAAUUUGGCCGACCCAACGAGAAUACUCCCGCCAAGUGGAACACUGAGUACAAGGACUUCAACAGGAAUGACGUUGAUGGAUCCUCUGUGCCCGUCGCUCAGACCACAUCGACAUCCGACGUACUGUCCGCUCCUCCCGUCCCACCAACAGGUGCCACUUCAGGAGAUGAGGCCGAAGCGGUGGAAGCUGACAGCAAGAGCAAGAAGCGCAAGAGCCGGGGCGAUGACGACGACGAGGAUGCAGAAGAUAAAGCAGAGCGCAAGCGCAAGAAGAAGGAAGAGAAGGAGAAGAAGAAGGCCGAGAAGGCUGCGAAGAAAGAAAAGAGGAAGAGCAAGGGCGGUGACGACAGCGACUCGGACUGA